AGAUACAGAUACAGAUAGUUUAUUCGGAUCCUCCAUAAGAUGGAUUUUCUGGUACCCACGUCAGUUACAUAAUAUGCAAAAGUACACCACAAUGCUGCAAUAAAACAGUUAAAAUAGAUCAUACCUAUUACAUCAUAAAAUGUCGACUCCGUACGCUACCAAUGUAUCACAUGAAACUGAGUCACAUGUGGCUAUUCCAAGUGCUAGCUGCACGGUAGAAAAAGCCACGUCGGGCAAACGCUGUCCGGACCUUGGGCAGGUGAAGCUGACCACCCGCCGUCGCCCGGGUGCACCGGGCCGACACAUCAGCUUAAGCUUAAAGCUUAAGCUUCAAGCUUAAGCACUUAAUGGUGGUCUGUCGUGUGCGACCCACGCCGGCGCCGCUCCCGGCACCUGAAGAGGCAUGCUGAUUCAGACGGGCGCCAGUCCGCCGUGCAGUCCGGUCAUGGCCGGCAAGCCGCCGCCGCCGCCGGAGCGCGUCAAAUGCGUGCUGGUCGGAGACGGCGCCGUGGGAAAAACGUCCAUGGUGGUCAGCUACGCCACCAACGGCUACCCGAGCGACUACCAGCCAACGACCUAUGACGACUACAACGUGGAUGUGGUGGUGAACGGAAGGCCCGUCAAACUGCAGCUUUGUGAUACGGCCGGUCAGGAGGACUUUGACUGGCUGCGGCGGGUCUGGUACUCGGACACAGACGUCUUCGUGGCCUGCUUCAGCGUGGUGUCGCCGAGCUCGUUCCAGAACGUGCCGCAGAAAUGGGUGCGCGAGAUCCGCGAGUAUCACCCGCAGGCGGCCAUCGUGCUGGUCGGAACACAGUCCGAUCUGCGCUCCAACGUCAAGGUGCUAAUAGAACUGGACAAGUACCGAGAGGUACCGGUCACGGAGGCAGACGCCCGGCGGCUGGCACACAACAUUGGCGCCGACACCUACAUCGAGUGCUCGGCGCUGACGCAGAAAAACAUAAAGGAAGUGUUCGACCAGUGCAUUCUCAGCGGGCUGGAGGCGCGGCGCCGCCCUCCGCCGCCGCCGCCCGGCCACAAGAAGCGGCGCGGCUGGCGGCGCUGGCUGUGCAUGUGACUGUGACUGCGAGUGUCUGUGAAGGGACGCAGGCGGAGCGCCCCGCCGCCCAGGGACGGUCGCCGACCGGCGGUGGGAGAAGCGCCGCAAAAGUGCCGCCGCAUUUUCCACAUACUGUUGUCGUCUAUGUUUUACACCGUGUAUAAUGAUAAUUUUUAUGUCUUUAUCGCUGUGCCGCGUCGUUGAGAGCCGCUCGUUAAUAUUAUGUUAUAUACUUA